AUGUAUCCUAUGAUUCGUAAAGACAUCCACUGGGCGAUCUUCCCUGCUAUAGGCUAUGCCAUCGGUUGGUGGUUAGACCGAAAAGAAACUGAGAGGAUGACGCUGUUCAGAGACAAGAGUGCUUUGUACGGUAGGGUUCUUAAGGAAGAUAAAGAAACACAUUUGUACGUUUGGACAUAUAUUUACAAAAAAUACAAAACGUACUAUGAACAAUUAAACGAGACAUUGCCAUCAUCAAAGUCAAACUCAAAUUUGUAG